UUUAGUUCCUAUUCUAUUCUUCUUUACACAAGUUAACGUCCAUCCUGUCGAGAGACAAACAUGAUUAACGCGUUUCAAAUUUUAAUUCUUUUCGGCGUGAAAUGUGCGUGUCAGGUCGAGUUUAAGAGUGCCCCGACAACUGUGAAAGCGCCCGAAAAUGACACCGUUUUACUCCCCUGCUAUUUGGAAACGAUCACGAACGAUGGAAGUAUUUACAACAGAAUCAAAUGGUACAAAAACGGAGAGUUACUUACCGACAGCGGUCCGCCUAGCAUGCUUCCUCCCAGCAAAAUGUCCUUAGCGGCUAACGGAUCUCUUUUGGUUACCGAUGUGCAGCAUGAAGAUACGGGCGAGUACAUGUGCGAGAUCAUUCGUCCUGAUCCAUGGUCGACCAUUAGACAGAGGCACGCUAUCGAAGUUUUAGAACCUCCCACGGUGGUUCCAGACCCUGCGAAUGGUUUUCUGCAGGUGCGAUUACGGGAGGAGGUGCGAAUGUCGUGUAAAGUUCAUGGUGUUCCUUAUCCUCUGAUCACCUGGCUUUAUGAGAACAAGGACAUGCAACUGAUCGACAAUAGAGAGAUGUUGAAAUUUGCCGCAACAGAUCGGCAACUCUCCGGUAAUUACCAAUGCAUGGCCCGCAACGGUGUCGGUGAACCGGCCGUAGCAACCAUUACUUUAAACAUCAUCUAUCCUCCAGAAUUGAUGACGAUGCGAUCCUGGAUGCACACGGCACCAGGCAUUCGAACUCAGUUGGAGUGCAUCGUCUAUGCCGAUCCCCCUGCCACAGUGACAUGGCUAAAGGGCGAAAUACCAGUGCCUUUCAGUAACCGAAUCGUUGCGAUGGUCGACGGAGAUAAGCACAUUUUGCUGAUUCGAAAUGCCACCUUUGCCGAUUUCGGCAUUUACACCUGCAGAGCGACCAACGAUUUGGGACAAGGCGAAUUGCAAAUCCAACUCUCAGGUACCGCAAACCCGGCUGUCUUCAAGCAAGCAGAUCAGAAAAUGGUCGACACCAAAACGUCGUACAGGCUGGUUUGGGAGGCCGACAGCUACCCCUCCAUAAUCGAGUACAAGCUCUGGUUCAGACGCUACCGCCCCCACAACGACAUUAGAAAUUCGGACUGGAAUAUACUGACGAUACCCUCUGAGACCAGCACCGGUCCGGUACACGCGAAAUCCUACACGAUCCAAGGGCUUCGGGAGAGAACCGUUUACGAAGCAAUGGUAACGUCUCGAAAUCGUUACGGUUGGUCGAAGAAAUCGGCCGUGCUGAAAUUUGCAACGGACGGCGCCGAUUUUAAAGAGGAAGUCAUUACACCGAUACAGAUACAAGGUUUUGAUGAGGUGGUCUCUUCAACCGAAAGUAGUAAUGGGGUCAGAAUUACUUUGAGCUACUGCUCUCAAAUUUUUAUGUGUUUGUUCAUUUAUUUAAUAAAGUAGUGACAACAAAAAGACAAU